CAGUAAAAGGAACUACAUCCGGGUUCAAAGUUUGACAUGCGUGUUCGGGUAACUUUGAGCGCCAUGUGGCUGGUUUUAACAUAAAAACAUUUCUGUCUGGAGUUUAGCGAGUGUGUUUCUCGUGUCGCUUAUGAAGAUGUCAGUGAACGCAUCCAAGCUGGAGCUGAAUCAGCUCAUCCACCGUUACUUAAAGGAGAGUGGUUUCUGUUCAGCUGCUGAUGAGCUUCAGAGGCACAGCCCACAGGGAGAAACAAACCCAUCCGUGUCUUUACUGGACAUCUACAGAUCAUGGUUAAAAAACUCUAAAAAGAAAAAGCAGAAAAACUCAACUAAACGUUCCAAACCGGGAGAGAAGGGAACGCCUGUGACUAAAGCCAAACCUUCCACACCAAGGAAGAAAACAGAAAAACCAGUAAAAUCUCCAGCGUCUUCAUCAAAAAAGUCUGUUCCAAAAAAGAGGAAAAAGGGUGAAGAAAACUCCUCAGAAAAUGCUGUGAAGGCAAAGAAAUCCAAGCUCCAGUCCGCAGGUGUGGGGGGUGACUCCGACUCCGACAGCAGUCUGGAUGUGGAGAAGUGGAAGAAACGGAUCUUCCAGAUGACUGAGGUGGACCUAGCCAAGAUGAAAAGCAUCAACGCCUUGGACUCGUCCACCCUUCAGCCCAAGAAACCCAGAGUGAGGAAACCUCGUGCAAAGCCUCCUGCUAAAGUGGUCGCUCCUGAUCAGCUGAUCAGCGAGAAGAUUGAGGCGAAAGCUGUGACCACCACACCAUUAAAGGGUAUACUUAAAAAGAGCUGCUUCCCUCCUGGCAGCUUAAGCAAAGUGCUAAGCCAUAAUAGUGUGGACAAACCAGAAACACCCCCGGUCUUACCUGAGAAACAGAGUCAGGCUAAAGAAACUGGGACCUCCGGGACUCCUGUGAAAGAAACAAGUGAUGAGACGGCGGCUGAGCACAAGAAGAAGAAGAAGAAAAAGAAGGAAAGUGAGGAUAACAUGGAAAUAAAUGCAAAGGAUGCAGUUGAAAACGAAAAGGACGGUAAUGGAGGGAAAGUAAAUGAAGUAGCAGAGCAAAAAGCUGCAGAUAAACCUUUGAAAGAGAAGGAAAAAGGAGCAAAGACCGAGAAAGACGUGAUGGAGACUACUAGGACUGAUGCCGAGGACAUUUCUGAGUCGGCUGCACUAGAAAAUAAAACAAAGAAAAAGAAGAAAGUCAAAAACAGGAGUGGUGAAGAUGCAGCAGGCGUAGGUGAAGAAAAGAAGGUACAGAAGAAAAAGAUGGUCACAAACAUCUCAGAGGAGGCUUCAGCCGAGGGAGUUCAAGAAAACACCCACCAGAGUUUACUAAAUACUAGUGAAGUUCAUAUGGAGGAAACGUCUGAGCAGAACGUCAAAGAGAAAACAGUAAAGAAGAAGAAAAAAAGGGUCCUGAGUGAGGAAAGUCCUCAGCAGGGAGCUGUGGAAGGACAGGACACUAUGGAGCACAGCGCUGAAGGGGAAGUGCAUUCAGAACUUGUGGUGAAAAAAAAGAAAGCAAAGAAGAAGAAAAUGGAAUCUGCUGAUGGUGAAGAAAGUCCAGAGGACGUCGUUCAGGAGAAAAAGUCAAAAAAGAAGAAAGCAAAGCGUCCAGAGGAGGACACGUCAGAGCAAAAACCAGAUCAGGAGACGGAGACGUUACAGCACACAGCCGACCAGGAGGCCUCGGGUCCUCCAGAAAAGAAGAAGAAAAAGAAAACUAAGUUAAAACCAGAAGAGCUCCCAGAAGAAGCUGUAGUUUCUGAUGUGACAGAAACACAAACUACCUCAGAUGUUUCACAUAAAAAGAAGAAGAAACACAAGAGCCCAGCCUUGUGAUGUGUCUGCAGGCCAUCAGCUUUGUCCUGUUUCUAAUCUCACUUUAGUGGUUGAAGCUGUAAAUACAAAAGGAGAUUUUUAUUUUGUUUUUAUCUCUUCUUACAUUAUUUUUGUCGUACGAUAGUUUUUUUUAAGUUCAUGCUGUCAGUUCCAGGAGCCUCAGCAAUGAGACAUGAGGACUCAUAUUAUGUUUUUAGUAAUCAAGAGAAAAAUAUACCGUAAGUCCUCUAAUAUUAGCCUGUAUUUAAUUAACUGCCGGGUUUCAUAUUUUGGCCGGUGUCUGAGUCGGCGGAGGUGAAUAAUGGCCGGUUUUUUAUUGUGGCCGGGUGGAAUGUGGUAACAAGCAAGUACGGGGGGCGGUUGUGUCAUCCGUCUCACUUUUGAUUUGCCAGUGAUAGACUGCGAGGGUAACUUUAACCGUGCGGAGACGAAGAGGAGGCGAAAAUUUGAUAUCAAGUUCAAAGAGAACGUGCUGAUUAUGCUGCAGAACACUCUGGGGAGCAGUAGCAGGGGUUGUAUGAACUAGUCACUAGUCGACUUCACCGCUCUAUAGUGACUUUUUAUGCCUGUCAUCAACUAGUCGCUGUCACGUGAUAAUGACCGGCAAGAUGCAGCCCUCAGAAAAGACAGCAGCCUGCUGUCAGCAGGUGACAAGCUCCUGCACGUCGGGAGACAACGCGCUGUGCCAGAGCGUCGGUACUGACACCCGCCGUAAAACGGACACUUAACCAAAUUGUGACGUUAACCCUCUUGCAAUUUAACCUUCCCCUCACCCCCAUCCUAACCUUAACCAGCUUGCGCAUGCAAAGCUCUGAUUGUUGACGCGCUCCAGACAUCUGCGUCCUGAGCACGGCCACAGUAACAUUAUCAAAUCAGGUGUCGCCACCUCAAAAACUAAUUUCACAUGCAAUCGUUCAUGUCGGCUCAUUUCUUUUUAUGUUUUCUGUCUUUUAUUCUUUUAUUUGUGCCUGAUGCGUUUCACUGCUGUGGAUCGGGGCGCAUCACCUGUUUUGUCCUCGGUGACGAACCUAACUGAUGUGGCCGGCGAGCACUCCGCUGUUUUUGCGGUCGGUAGAUCUUUUAGAAUUGCAGUUCAAAGGUAACUCAUAAGGUGAAUAUAUAUGAACCCAGGUAGCAGUUUUUCUUUAGGAUUGAGAGGAGAUGCAGGAAGAUAAUAAACAGGCAGGACAGAAAAAUUGUCAAAUAAAAACAAGUUAGUUUUUGUACCUGGUGGUUGCAACAAACAGACACCAUUGAAGGUAAUCAGAAGUGAGGAACGGAAAAUGAAAUAAUUAUUUUAAUGUUUAGAGCAGCAGGAACUCAGAGAGACUGCAGGCGCAUCAGUGAGUUUGCGGCCGCUGCGCAGGGGGAGGGGGGAGGGCUGAAGCAGAAACUACCGUUGUUAAAAGAAAUGUGUUUAACUUUGAAAAUGUGGGUGCAAUAUUAAUUGUCAAAAACUCCAGCGAACCAUUAUUUCAUUUUGCUCAAAUAGAAAUUGAGGCCUGCCUCUAAUUCUGGUCCUCCAUCCAAUAAAGGCCUGGAGCUUGAUGAGCUUGAGUCAAAUACAGGCCCGGGCCUGUAUUAGAGGAUUUAUGGUACUUUUUAAUUCUAAUUGAACAGCUACCCUGGUGUCUUCUAUUCAGACUGCAUGACUUUACAUAAUAUAUUUAUGUAACAAGAUUGUUUUUAACUGUUUUGACACUUUCAAAAUCAUGUUUUUUGUAAAACAAAGCAACAAAAAAUUGUUUAAUGUGACUUUUCAAAUGUAAAUUUUAUAUAAAUGGUUUUAAUGCAAAUUAAACUGUUUUGGGUAAA